UCGAUGGAGAAAACAAAGACAAUUAAACUAUUCGCGCUUAUAAAAUAUGUUUAGAAUGAGGAAAACGCAAUUCCAAUGCGAUUUUCUUCUUUUUGGCGGAAUAUACAAGAGAAUAAAAGAAAAAAAACAAAAUUUUUUUUUUUCGCACUGUGUAUGUUGUACAAAUAGUUAAUUAAAACAACUGCUGUUAUUAUUAGACUAUACAACUCUAUACUACAAACCAACUAACUACUACUAUUGUAUAUCGACCGACAAAUUGUUAUUACAAAUACAUAAUGUGUACACACAUACACAUAGGAAAAAUAAUUAUAUUCUUUGUUUUUUGUAUAUUAUGAUAUAAAGUAAACUUUUUUUUAUAAUCAUGGAAAAACCAAAAAAUUCUAGAACUGCAACAUUAUCAACAACAAAAGUUCGAAGUAAUUCAGCUGCAGCAGCCAUUACUCGAGAUAUUGAAAAAUUUCAUGCAGCAAAAAUAUCAUCACCAUUAAUAAUGUCAAAGAAGAUGCCAUUGGAGGGUAGUUAUGCAAUAUGGAAUAAUCGUGGUGGUUCCGGUAAAACAAAUUUAACAUAUCAUUUAGCUAUUAAAUAUGCCUAUAGAAAUCCGGAUAAAACAAUAUUAGUCGUUGAUAUGUGUCCACAAGCUGAUUUAUCACAUGCAUUUUUAGGUGAUGAUGAAAAUGGUCAUGAUUAUGUUACACAAAUUGGUUCAUUAAAAAAAGAUCCAAUGAUUUUAGAUGGUCAACAAAGUAUACCUAAGACAAUAUCGGGCUAUUUAGAUCUUUAUACAUCCGUUGGAUUACCUACAAAUGUUGAUCCACGAACAUUUCUAUUUAAUGUAUCUAAAUUUAAUAAUAUGUUACCAAGAAAUGUUUAUUUAUUAUGUGGUGAUCCAUCAUUAGAAUUGUUAAGUAAAGCAUUAGAAAUAAAACGUAGUUCAAAUAUUAUUACACCGUAUGCAAAUCCUUGGCGUACAAUUACACAAUCUUUACGUGCAUUUAUUUUAAAAAUUGGUGAACGUCGUGGUAUUAAAUUAAUGGCAUUUAUUGAUACAAAUUCAUCAUUUUCUAUAUGUACAGAGAUUGCCUUAACAGCAGCUGAUCGUAUUAUUUUACCUGUUAGUGAAGAUCAUUUACAUCGUAACGGUUUUGAAUAUUUAUUUUCGUUAUUAUACGGUUUUUCUCAACCAUCAAAUGUCUACUAUUAUUAUAGACAUUAUUCGUUUUAUUAUCGAGCAGAUGAAAAUGGUGUUAAAUUACCAAAAAUACAUUUAAUAUUAUGUAAAGCAAAAGAACAAAAUCAUCAACAAUUAAUGAUAAAUACGAAUGAUAUUGAAAAAUAUUGGAGAUUUGUUUAUGAUAUUUAUACGAAACAUCGUGAUGCAUUCGAAUCUUAUCGUUCAACAACACCGGCAAUAUUAAAUAAUAAUUAUAAUUUAAUACCAAAUACACCACCACAAUCUUCUUCAUCAUCAACAUCAUCAGCAACAUCAAGUGGACAAAGACAUAUUCAUUCAAAUAGUAUAUCGGUAUCAAAUAAUAUUUAUAAUAAUUCAUCAUUAUCAACAAGUCAAAGUGGUAGUGUACAAACAUUUCAAGAUUUUAUGAAACAAUAUGUUAUUCAUAUUGGUACAGAUACAAAUAUUGUUUCAAGAAUUGCUGUUAAAACACAUUCACCAUUAUUAGCUGUUAAAAAUCCACAUCCUGAACAUGCAACAUAUGCACAAAGUUUUGAUAGAAUAUUAAAUGAAAUUGUUGAAAGGAUUUAA